AUGCAAUCCUUCUCAAAGCUUACCGGCUUUCUAGCUGGGAUUUCCUUCCUUGUAGCUCAUGCUCUCUGCCACCCUGGAGAAGUACAUGAUGCUACAACUGUCAAGAAUGAUAUUGAUGCUCGGGGUCUUAUGGCAGCUGCCGCAAGAAGGUCGCUGGAUGCUUGUUCUACCUCCAUUGAAGCGCGUGAUCUUCAUACACGAAGCAUUUCUCGUCGUGCGAAUGCUGUCCAGAAACUUCGCCAAGAGCGUGGUAUUGUGGGAAAAGCACAGAAAUUUCGCCGCGAUCUCGACACUCUCGAAAAGUAUGAUGCCAUGAAUCAUAACAUGACUGGAAUUGAGCACUACACACUGAACACCCCGGAACAUGACAUCUUCUCGGCUAAUACAAGUGCCAUUCUGUCCCCAAGCAUAACGUCAGGCCCGUAUUAUGUUGUUGGUGAACAAAUACGCCAGAAUGUUGUCGAAGACAAAUGGUGUGAUGGUAUCCCUUUACAUUUGGAAUUGCAGUACAUUGAUGUUACCACCUGUGAGCCUGUUUCCGGGUUAUGGGUGGAUGUUUGGAAUUCGAAUGCAACUGACUUGAAUGCGAGCUUUGACAAUAAAGCAGCUGAUGGUUGGAAUAGUACAUAUCUGCGUGGUGUCCAGCCGUCAGAUGAAGAUGGGGUUGUUAAAUUCGACACCAUUUUCCCUGGUCAUUACUACGGACGGGCAACACACACACAUCUCUUAGUACACAGCAAUGUGACUGUUAACCCAAAUGGCACUCUAGAAAUCGGAACGGGAUCCGUUUCACAUAUUGGACAGCUUUUCUACAAUACUGUCCUACGCGAUGCUGCUGAAGCCACCUAUCCCUAUGACGCCAAUACACAACCUGUUACUUCCAAUGCGGAAGACGCAUAUGCCCCUGGGCAGGCAGACAAUGACUACGAUCCAUUCCCGGAGUUUUUAUAUCUUGGGAAUGAUAUUACCGAUGGUCUGUUCGCUUGGAUACAGAUCGGUAUUAAUACAACCGCGAAUUACGCCAACAACGGUUCCAUAUACAACGUCGCAGCCGUUUACGAAGCGGACGGUGGACAUGAAAACCUUGAGAGUCCAUUUUUUGAUGGGGAACUAGUAUCAACUUGA